AUGUUCAAGUCAUUUCAGAGGGGUCCUGUGGACCCAAUGUUCAUUCUCAAAAAGAAGGCCGACGAGGACGUAUCCCCAGACAAGGCAGAUCUCGGUGUCGGCAUCUACCGGAAUGAAGCAGGUCUCUACAGUGAGCUGGACUCGGUUAAACAAGCCAAGCUAGCACUGGCACAGAACGAUCCAGGCCAUGAUUAUGAGCUGACUACCGGCAAUGCCCAAUUUCUGGAGAAGGCUGCGGCUCUCUUGUUCGGGAAAGAUUGCCAAAAGCUAAAGUCGGGUCAAAUCGCAUCCGUGCAGACAAUAUCCGGCACGGGAGCGAAUCACAUUGCUGCUUUGGCCCUUAGUCAAUCCGUCUCACCUCUCCCCCAGGUCUUUGUCGGCGUCCCAGCCUGGGGUAACUACAAGCCCAUGUUCGAGCUGGUUGGGAUGCAAGUCACCGAGUAUUCCUACUACGAUCCCAAGAACCGAACCAUCGACUUCAGCUCUAUCAUCCAAGCUGCCCGAACUGCUCCCCCACGAAGCGUCUUUAUUCUCCAAGGCUGCUGCCACAACCCCACGGGCACCGAUCCUACAAAGGCACAAUGGAACGAACUUGCCUCGGUCCUCGAAGAGAACAGACACUUCAUCUUCCUAGACAUCGCCUACCAAGGCCUGGGUGAUGGCAUGGAUGAAGAUGCUUAUGCUGUGCGUUUGUUUGCAAAGUCCAACGUCGACAUGUUUGUCUGCCAAUCCUUCUCCAAGAACUUUGCACUGUAUGGCGAGCGAUGUGGAGUUCUCCACGCAGUCUGUGCAGACGCAAAGACAGCAUCCGACGUCCACGAUCGUCUCCGAUGCCUAAUACGAUGGGAGUUCUCCUCUUCGCCAGCCUAUGGAAGUCGGUUGGUCGACAUUGUGCUUGGAUCUGAUCAGCGUACUGAAGCAUGGACAACUGAGCUAUCCGAAAUGAGCCAGCGAUUGAAGAGCUUGCGAAAGAAGUUGCACAGUUACUUGACACAAGACUUGAAGACCCCAGGAAAUUGGGAGCACAUCCUGAAGGAAACCGGACUCUUCUCGUAA